UAUUUGAUUGUACAUUGCAUUGAAGCUUAUUUCAAAAAUGAUCUCUGGGGAUUUUCUUAGUUUUUCAAGAGAAAGGGUCUUUGUUGCCGAGGCUGGAGGGCAGUGGUGCAAUCAUAUCUCACCGUAGCCUCAAACUCUUGGGCCCAAUCAUCUUACCUCAGCCUCCUGAAUAGCUGGUACAGCUGGUGCGUAUCAACACACCCUACUAAUUUAUUUCAUUUUUUUGUAGAGAUGGGAUCUUGCUUUGUUGCCCAGGCUGGUCUCAAAUUCCUGGUCUCAAGUGAUCCUCUCUCCUGGCCUCCCAAAGUGGUGGAGUAAUAAGCAUGAGCUAUUGUACCUGGCCACUGAGGAUUUCUAAGAUUAGGAUUGUGUAGAGAAAAAAAAAAGGUAUUUUUGUUGUUGUUGUAAUUACUUCAUACAUAAAUGUGAAACUAGAAGACUCAUCUAGAGCUUGAAUCACCUAAUUUGGUCUCUACAUUGGAUACAUUAACUGGAUACUGGUACAUUUCUAGUUUACUUUAUUCCUGUUUUAGCAUGAAGAAUUAACUCAAUCUGGUACCCCUUGCUUUAGUUUUCAUUCCCUCUUUAAAAGGAAAGGAUACUAGCUACUGAGCUCUACCCUAACUGGCAUUGGUUUACAGUAUGAUUCAGGCAUCGUAUGUAUUAGCAUACACCCCUUGAAAUUGUUCCUAGUUUUCUAUCCUUUUUUAUAGGAUACCAGACAAUUAAGGGCACUUGUGUUGCAGUGGUAGAGGUAUCAGAAGGCCAUAGACCAGCCAAACACACCAUCUUCUCAGGCUUCUAUAGCUAAUAUUUUGAAUUGUGAUGUUGGCCAUUUUUUCAUGUGUCAUGGAAUGUUUUCCAAAGGGCAUACAUUUUUGCCACCUUCAGUCAUAGAGGAGGACCUGGCUCCUCCUGAAUGUGGGAAUUUAGGUGUCAAGUUGAUGCCUGUGUGACUAUUUGGUCCCCAGCAAUCAGCCUGGAAAAUUCUAAGGCUGCCCACUGAUGGGAGGCAUGAGGUCUUCAUAGCUCUUGCCAACUCCCCUUGUUCCCGCUUCUCUGCAAAGAUCCUGGAGUAUUUACUGUCACAAGGGUUGUGCUGGGUCCUAGCACUGUAUAAAGGACAAGCCAUGGUGCUUGCCCUGUGUACCUACACAGAAGAGCUAUGUGUUCUGGUCGAGGAACGACACUACAAGAGGCAGCAUAUUGUAGAGUUAAGGAUGUAGGCUUUGACUUAGACCUAACUUUAAAUAAUAGCUCUAACACUGACCAGGAAUGUAGGUAAUUUAAUUCUCUGAGGUUCAAUCUCUUCAUGUAUAAGGUGGGGGAAGGACGUGAGGAUCAUCGUGGAUGAUCCUAAUUAAGGUUUGAAGCUUGCCCCUGCAUAGAAAUGAGUCCCUAAAGCCAUUCCCUGCCGGUUAAGACAAGUCUCCUUAUUAAUUGUUCAGGAAAGUCUUCAAUUAAAGUGAAGGUCUGGCAUACUGCAGUUGCUGCAAGUUCUUAGUCAUUCAGCUUUGGCUGGUUAGAAUCAGCUAUGAUAAACACGGGCUUCAGUUUUGCUAUCUGGAAGGCAGGUGCUGCGGCAAGUUUUAAGUUUUUCCUUAAGAAUAUGCGCUACAAUUUGCUUAAUUCACUGACGAUUCUAUUGAUCAGAUUUGUCUAUGUUGAUACUUGCAUGGGAUGAAGGAGAGGGGAAGUGAACGAUGACCGCAAAUUUUAGUGUAGAGCAACCGAGCGAAUGGUGGUGCAGGAAACAGAAGAGGAGCUGCUCCGAGGUGGAAAUGGAGAUAACGUCAGGCUGCGGACAUUUGAGAUCCACAGAGCUGGGUGGAGAUCAGAUUUAACUUGCUCUCUCUCCUUUAAGAUGCUUCUCAAGUAGCCUCACUUCCUAAAACAAACGGAUAUUUGGCAGUGAGCCACAUUAUUCUGCAGCCGCCAUAUUUUCUUGCAUGUUUUUGGUGUAAACAAACGAGAUCGGGCUUGAGUGACAAUCAUCCCUGAUGGCCCGUAUCUGGUUUAUACUCGGUAACUUGUCCCUGUAUUAAUGGGGUUCUUCAGAAUCCAGCCUCAGAAGCCCUCCUCCCGCAGCGGUGGCCUCCACCUCCGGCCUGGCGCAGCUCACGUGGUCCAGCUUGUGCAAGACCCAAUUCCAACUCCGUGUUUCUGGCUUUUGGCCACUCAGGAUAGAACCUGGGACUGGUGCUGGUCGGACCUGCAGGCGCCGAGCCUGGGGACAGAGGAAGCAGAGAUUCCCCGCCCCAUUCCAAGACUUCCUGGCGCGCUGCGAUGCCCCGCCCUACUCCCAGCCCCCGGGAUGCAAGGCGCUUGCUGUUGCUGCUCGGCAGCUCUAGGUCCGCUGCCGCCGUCCCCUAUUCCCUGCCCGUCCCUCUCCCGGUACACUGCGUACGCGCCACAACGCUCCGCCCCUCUCCCGCCCUGUCGCGCCCCCCGGGAGGCAGAGCCUACGCGGCCGCGUUUCCGGCGAAACCUGGCUGCAUUACCCCGCGGCUUCUGUGCCCGUGUGGACCGUGCGUGCCUUCGGAAGAUCGAGUGCCUUUGCAUUGGUUGGGCUACGGCUAUGCAGCACUGGUUGCUUCCGGCGGGAUCUUUGGCUAUGUAAAAACAGGCAGAGUGCCAUCCUUGGUUGUGGGGCUGUUCUUCGGCAGCCUAGCGGGGCUGGGUUCUUACCAGCUGUCUCAGGAUCCAAAGAACGUUUGGCUUUUCCUAGCUGCUACAUCUGGUACCUUUGCUGGUGUUAUGGCAUUGAGAUCCUACUACUAUGGAAAAGUCAUGCCUGUAGGUUUAAUCGCAGGUGCCAGUUUGCUGAUGGUCGCCAAAGUUGGAGUUCGUAUGUUGAUGGCAUACAAUGAGUAGAAGUCGUGCUCCAAGCUGGACUCAUGAAGAAUUCAAAUCUGAAUCUUCCACUAUUUUCAAUGUAUUAAGAGAAAUAAGGGCAGAUUUUUUGCAUUUCUGACAUUUUGCUUAAAAAAAAAAGACACCAAAUUUGGCAGAAGAGUGGAAAAUCAGUCGUUAUCAUUACAACCCUACAGAGGUGGUGAGUAUGUACCACAAGCUUAUUGAGACCCUCAUAGAGAUCGAUUCUUGUAUAUUGAUGUUAUCACUUCUUUCUGUAUCUACAGGUAAAUCUCGAUGGUAAAAUGUUAGGUGUUGUCAUUGAGAACCCUGAAACCCCAUUCCCUGCUCAGAGGAACAGUAUGAAAAACUCUCUUAUGAGAUUUAGAAUACCUGUUCUUUUGCCCGUCUUAAAGCAUAGACUGACUUUGAAAUUAUGUUAAAUGAAAUAUCAAUGAAAAUAUAGUUGACUAUAGGUAAUA